CAGUUUUUAUAACAAAUCAUGGAAGGCAGCGAUGAUGACGAGGUCACACUCACCUACAUAAUUUUAAGUCUCUUUAUCAAUAUAUUGUUAUUACUAGCUAGUAUCUAUCAGCUUCGCGCACUUUAUAAAAUAAAGAAACGUAAAGAUUUGGCAAAAAUCAACAAAGCUGUAGGGAAAGCAAAAAAAGCUCUCCGUUGUGCAAGAUGGUCAGCAGUAGAGAUUGCAGUGUUGGCAGCACAAGCAGGCAUGACUAUCAACGAUAUCAGAGAAGAAUAUGCAAAGGACGCUGCUGGCCGACAGGAAGUUCUCACGUCGGUGCUUGGUAGUGGCAGGAACAACUUUGUAAAGAAGUUUCUUCAUAGUUACCCAUCACGAUUUCUCAAGUCAGGUUACAAGCUAGAACAAGAUUUCAUAAAGUUAGCAGAAGAAAACUUUCGUACAGCGCUAAGUAAUAAUUCAGUCAUGAAGAUGGAACCCAAAUAA